GUGGGAGAGACUCUCCUUCUUGAAACAAGGUUCUGGUCGCGUUAGAAGGAAGAAUAUCUCACAUUGCUGCAGCGGCGUUUCAAAAGGCGCACCUCUGCCCCGUCCUGUUUAUUGGUUAUGUUUCACGUGUAAAAUCAAGAUGUCAUUUAAUGCUAUUGAAUAAAAAUGGAGAAAGCUGAUUUCGAUACUUUGCAGGCGACAUCGGCCGAGCAAGACCAUGACUUAACUAAUACCAUCAACCAAGUGGAGAAACAAUUCUUAUCUAAUAUUUAUCUACAGGAUUCACAUAAGAACUUACAACAACAAGCCACUACUAUGGCCCUAGAACAAUACCGACUUCACCUGUAUAACUAUGCAUUAAAUAUAGAACGUUUUCGAUGUCCCCAUUAUGGUGCAGGUAGCAAUGGAUCAAACACAAAUGUUCCAUGGGUGACUUCGAGUCCUUAUGGGCAGACCUCUGCCAGUAUUCCGGCAGUUAACCGAAUGGCUGCGCUUUCGACUAUUUCAUUUUUCCCACAAACCCAACGGCUUUUUCAGUCAGAAGAGCCUAAGCCUCAACAUAGUUACAUUGGUCUAAUUGCUAUGGCAAUAUUGGGCUCAGCUGAAAUGAAAUUGGUUCUUUCAGAUAUUUACCAAUUUAUUUUGGAUAACUAUCCAUAUUUUCGAAGCCGCGGUCCUGGUUGGAGGAACUCAAUACGACACAAUCUGUCAUUAAAUGAUUGUUUCAUUAAAUCUGGUCGGAGUGCAAAUGGAAAGGGACAUUAUUGGGCCAUACAUCCAGCAAAUAUGGAAGAUUUUCGGAAAGGAGACUUUCGACGCCGAAAAGCCCAACGUAAAGUACGAAAGCAUAUGGGACUAUCAGUAGAUGAUGGUGGCAUAGACUCUCCCAGUCCUCCGCCCUUAGAUCUUACAAGCCCGCCUCCAUCUAGUUCUCAAUGCUCAAUGCAAGUAUCUACCUUGGGAUAUCCACAAAACCAACAGUAUAUGGGUCAGAUAUUUAACCGAGGUACAAUAAGUGGAAUUCCCUGCUAUACUGAUCCAGCUCAAAUCAUACAGAAGCAUUCGGUAAUGCAACCACCGCACCUUCAGCAGCAGCAAUCAUCGCAUAUUGCGUAUAUUAACUCAACUACAACAACAACAAUUGCCAAUAUGUAUUCACACACACGAAAGCGUCAAUUCGAUGUCGCCUCUCUAUUAGCUCCUGAUGUGCAGAUAGAUGACAAUGCCUCUGAAAACCAAGCAGCAAUGGAAAAUCCAUCCACAACAUCUCGAACCACAACUCAAACUCAUCACACUUUUAUUACUAAAAAGACCAUACAUAGAGAAGUUGUAUUAGGACUGGAACCAGGGGAUACAAGUGAUGCGGAGGUCGAUACGGAAAUAGACGUAGAAGUUAACGUGGAUGUAGUAGACGAAGUCAUUAAUCCACAUCCGGAUGUAAUGCCUUACCCAGAUGUCGAUGAUCAAGAGAAAACUAGAGAAGUAACGAACAACAUAUUAUCUGGUGACGACAAUAUCUCGUACCUAAGUGAUGGCAGGAGGUCAUCAUCUGACGCCGAUGCAGAUCAUGAUAUUGACCUUGAGCCGCAUAACUACUCUAUUUCGAGCUGUGCAGGAAGAUCAUUUGGUAGCAGCAGUAGUCAACAUGACGAGUCAAACUCAUUAGAAGAAUGUCCCACGAGGUCAUGUAGAAUUUCACCUACAUCUCUCAUAUCAUCCUUACCCAAUUCUCGACAUACGUCAAGCUUGGCCUUGACAGUUCCAAAUGGGUAUAUUGCAUUAAAGAAAGUAAACCCCCAAAUACUUAGGAGAUAUUAUGGCACAUACAUGGCGGCAACUUCGCGCCGUGCUAGCCUAGAAACUACUACAAAUUUACAGAUCAGUUCAAUGACACCACCGUCAAACAGUGAAAUAGUCACGAAAAAAUAGAAGU